AUGGAGCCGCAGAAACAGGCGCGAACACUCGGGGACCCCGUCGCGUGGCCGCGUGGGCCCUCCAAGUCUCAGACGCCGGACGACGAGGAGGGGCCGGAGGGCAACACAGCGCCCGCGGCGGCUUUUCUGGGCGUGGAGGCGGACGACGCCUGUGCGGACGCGCUGUGGGAGCUGCCGGUGGAGCCCGCCGAGCGGAGGCCCGAGUGCAGCCGCUGCAGCCGGCCUCAGAAAGUAUGUUUGUGUCCAUUUCUACCAUUGCAUCCUCUGCAUAUCUCUACUCAUUUGUACAUAAUUCAACAUCCAGCAGAGGAAAACAAAGUGUUGCGGACAGUUCCCCUUUUAGCAGCAUGCCUCCCCCAGGACAAGUGUAAAGUCAAGAUUGGUCGUCGCUUCAGUGAAGAAAGAGAUCCUGAACUUUCAACUGUUUGUCGGAAGUCUGAUACAUUAAUAUUAUAUCCAGGGGCUGAAGCUGCUAAUUUGGAAGAAUUUAUAUUAGAUUCUCCUGUUUAUCCUUCCACAAUCAUCAUCAUUGAUGGUACAUGGAGCCAGGCUAAGGACAUUUUCUAUAAGAAUUCUUUGUUCCGCCUGCCCAAACAGGUGCAGUUAAAAACUAGCGUUUCUAGUCAGUAUGUAAUUCGGACACAACCGACUAAUAGGUGCCUUUCUACCCUGGAAUGUGCAGCUGCUGCUCUUUCCAUUUUGGAGAAAAAUGAUUAUAUACAGGAGACUUUGCUUCGCCCUCUUCAAGCUUUGUGCUCUUUCCAGCUGCAGCAUGGUGCUCAAAUUCGCCUCAGCAAGGAACACCUUCUGAAAAAUGGAUUAUAUCCUAAGCCAAUGCCAAAGAACAAACGCAAGCUCAGGAAAAUGGAACUGUUAAUGAACAGUGUUAAAAUUUAG